CCAGCGCACACAAGCGCGCACACACGCUCGGACGGACGGACGGACGCACAGCCGCACACACACCCGCACAGAACAAGUACACACGCACUGGCAGCCCGCACCCUGGCUCCCGCUCCGCCGCUCCGCGCCCGGGGGGAAGAUGAGCUCGGGGGACGUGGUUUGCACUGGCUGGCUCAUCAAAUCACCCCCCGAAAAGAAACUCAAGAGAUACGCCUGGCGGAAGCGCUGGUUCGUGCUGCGCAGGGGCCGCAUGAGCGGGAACCCCGACGUGCUGGAGUACUACAGGAACAGCCACUCCAGAAAGCCCAUCCGCACCAUCGACCUCAAUGAGUGCGAAGUGCUCAAGCACUCGGGGCCCAACUUCAUCAGGAAGGAAUUCCAGAACAACUUUGUCUUCAUCGUGAGGACCACCUACCGCACCUUCUACCUGGUAGCCAAGACUGAGGAGGAGAUGCAGAUCUGGGUGCGCAACAUCAGCCAGAUCUGUAACUUUGGACACCUGGAAGAUGGAACAGGUUCUGUGGAGAGCCUGUCUCACACGACCUCGUCCCCACAGCCCUCGCCGGCCGCCUCCACCCACGCCUCCCGCAUCGCCGACCCCUCCUUCUCAGUCGAGCACGCUGCUGCUGACGCCGCCGCCGAGGAGACCCCCAGCGAGUCGGGCUCUGUCUUCCUCCCUGACUACCUCUUCCUGUCCAACUGCGAGUCGGGCAAGCUCAGCCACAACAGGUGUGACAGCUGGUCAAAUUCAGACAGAUCUCUGGAGCAAACAUCAUCAGACGAUGUUUUUGUUGACUCCUUGCAAUCUCAGCCCUCCCUGUACCUUGUACAGCCAACCAGCGCUGGUGCCAUGCAGCAGGUUGGAGCGCCUGUGGCGAAUCCCAGCAUGGUGUCCAGGAACACAGACAUUAGUGGGCCAUCCAGUGACUUCUCCUCCUCUUCCCCACUGCUGGGGACGCCGCUGACCCCAACGUUUCAGGCUGACAAGAGCCAGAAGGCACUGCCCUUCGGGGUGACGCAGCUGGACGUGCUGUCCAACACGCCGCCACCGCGGCCGCCCAAGCCCACGCACUUCUCAGACAGGAGGGGAGAGGAGCUGGGGGCCCUGCAGAACGGGCACGCUGGCAUCUGCCGGGCUCAGGUCGCUCUAGUGCCCAGAAGGAUCUCCUUGUCCAGCUUGGACAACAUGAGGAACUGGAAAGCAGACAUGGAAGGCAGUUCCCUAAGAAGUCGAGAUAAGAGGCUUAGCUUGAAUUUGCCGUGCCGCUUCUCCCCGCUGUGCUCGGCGGCCUCGGACAGCGCUGAGGACAGCUACGUGCCCAUGCGCCCCAGCACCUCGCCCUCCGCGCCCGCCCCCGACUGCUCCCCCGACGGCUACAUCCCCAUGAGCCCCGGCUCCGCCACCUUCACCUUCCCCGUCGUCAGCACUGAAAAACUCACCAGCCCCUUGCCUGAGCUUCCCUCCGACGUGGAGCCCCCUCCGGUGAACCGGGACCUCAAGCCUCGGAGGAAGUCACGACCACCUCCUCUGGACUUGAGGAACCUCUCCACAAUCCGGGAGCAUGCUGCCGUGACCAGGAUGUGGACUGUGCCUUACAAUCGAAUGAGCUUUAUCUCACCAGAAAGAGACAGUAUUAAUUCAGCAAGAAUAUUUGCCAAUUCAGUUUCCGGAGAAGAGGAAGAAAGUUACAUUCAUAUGGAACACAGACAGGCCACCUCUCCCUACAGCGGUGCUUUUCCAUGGACAAGGAAAUCUAAUCUUGAUUAUUUAGCACUGGAUUUUAACUCUGCUUCCCCAUCCCCUGUGCAGAAGAAACCUUUUCUGUCUGAGGAACAGAGAGUGGACUAUGUCCAGGUAGAUGAACAGAAGACUCAAGCUUUACAGAACACUAAGCAGGAAUGGACAGAUGAACGACAAUCAAAAGUAUAAAGGAAAAAGAUUUUGGAUCUGGAGGGGUGUUUUUUUUUGCACUGGAACCACAAUGUUAAUGAAGCAGCUAUCACAGGAGAGCUCAAAGGCAGAGUUGUAAGAUGCUUACAGUCUGUAGAUGCAUUUAUACUGGAAACCUUUGAUUUCAGCUGGAAGAAGUAUGUUGAGUGAGUGGUUCACUGAUGACUAAAGUAAUGCAUUAGCCUUUUACUGCCCUUACCAGUAUGCUCCAUGGUACCAUUUUCUGGCAUGAUUCUGCAACGAGUCAUACACUUAACGUUAACAAAUCCACUACAAGUUGUAUUAAUCUAGUUUGUCCUGCCUUCUCCUUCUGUUGCAUAAUUCCUAGUUGCUAAAGCUAUUUUUUGAUAUUCCUACAAAUGCUGCAGGUGCUCAGAGUGCUUUUAUGGCAACAGGCAUCUGACAGGUUUUGGUGACUAAUCAACUAAGGGCUAAAUACUGAAACAAUAAUAAGAACUUUUUGAAUAUAUAGUGCUUAAGCAAAGAGAAUUUAAAAAAAUAUUUUUCCCCUGGGUUUAAAAGGUCUGGCUGUGAGCUGAAGCUGUCAGAACUUAAAAGAGGACUAUGUGCCCAUGCGGCUGGAAUGCAUGGUCUUUGACCCUCUGGAUGAUGGUCACUGUACUCAGCUUCUUCCCUCCAUUGUGGCUCAUACCUCUCACUUUCUGUCUGAUUCCUACUGAUGUUCCCUCCCCUGUCUUGGGAAGUGUCUUCAGCACAGCACAGCUGCUCUUCUAGUAGGAGGCUGCAGCCACACAGCUCUUGGCUGGCCAAAAAAUAGAAAGGGAAGCUGUGAGCCUGUUUCUGCAAGCCUUGAGAGAACUGGCGGAGGAUCAAGACUGCUUUCAUCUGAACAGCAGAAGGAAUGCCAUUGGAAUGCUGGUAGCAGUCGUCAAUCUGAUUGUUUCACUAGACCCACCCCAAAAUAAAAAAGAGCAUUAGGAAGUGCAGCAUGCUCUGGGAGGCCGGGAGCCUGCCAAAACAGGACAACAAUGUGCUCACACAGCAUGAGGACCUCUGGGCUCAGGAAGCUUAUCUACCUUGGGACUUGUUACAGGCACUAUCUCAGGAUGACAUGUGUGUAUAGUUUAUAAGAUAUUUAACUUUAAACGCUUGGCUAUGGUCUGUAUUUUACAGUGGCACACAGCCACUUGACUCAUGGAAGUGGGCAGUGAUGCUGAGUGACCCACACUGGAUUUGGUCUCACAGGCUUUGCUCCUGUAGAUGAGUCCCAGUAGCCAUAAGAGGUCUGAUCCUGUCAACUGGGACAGACAGACAUGACCCUUAUAAAAGAUUUCUUCUCUGACAGUGCCAAUUUGCUGGCCUUCCUUCAUGUGCCUGUUGUUACCACGUUGCAUUGCUGUAACCUGACAUCCUAAAAAUUCUAAUCUACCAAACAGAGGUCAUAGAAAUGCCACUGCAGAAACCACUGGCAUUUCAAGGCUCCUACUCAACUUGUUCCUUACACCCUGUGUGCUCCCAUCAUUUAGGCACUCUGGGAGGCCGUUGCACAUCCCGUGGCAGAGGCAGCAGAGCUAACAGAAACACAGUUUUCCUCCUACCUCAAGAGAGCUGAAGGGCUUGCAAGUCUUACUGCUUCUUUAGCCCAGCCCCUGGGGAUCUGUGGUGACCAGGAUCUCACUAGGUUACCCUGCAAGAACAAGGUUCACCAGCGCCUUCACUGACUGGGGCAAACUGGGCACCCAGGCCUGCAGGCAUGAAGUGUCCUGGACUAGAGCUGCUUGGAAAUCCAGGGUUAGUCCUGCAGGUAGGUGACCUGCUGUUCCCCCUGCCCUGCUCCUCCCCCCCUCACCAAAGCUGUCAAAUGAAAGUUUAUGUCGAUAAAAAUUCUGAAAAUAAUUCCAACUUUUCCACAUACAUCUUGUCUGUCUGGUGUGAAAUUCAGUUUGUUAAAACCCAGCUGUUUUGUCCUCUGACUGACUUAGCAGAGCUGGGAGCACCCAUGCCCUGGGAGUGAUAUUGUGAUUUGGGGAGAGGCAGGGGAGAUGUGCACCUGCACAGAGCUGUCAGAGAAGCAGGGAUGGGCCAUGGGUACUGAGACCAUUGCCUUUCUUUCAAAGUGUGCAAAUAACUCGUGUCACUGAAAGCUCUUGGUAUGUGCUGAUGUACUGAAACCAGCUAAAAGGCAUUUUAAAUUACAGGCAGACAACCUCCACAAAGGGUGAGUGAAGUUAUGUUCUGCUACUGUAGAUCCCAGGUAGUGGAGUGAUGGCAGAGCAGCCUCUGAUGUGGAUCAGAAUCCCAUACAGAUCAGCUCGUGUUUGACUGGAGUGUUUCCUUUCAUGCUGUCAGAAAAUCUUCUGAAGUGGAAAAACACCAAGUUAUUGGAGACAACUGACUCACUUGUUAUUCUAGUUUAUUGUAAAAAUAUUUAAACUUCAACAAACCUGGCUAACGGAUCAUUCAGAAGUGUAGAGAAGAAAGAGCUGUAUCUGGAUUUCUACUCCCCUAAAAGGACAUAAGCAUAUAGCUUGGCAGGGACUGUCCUUAGAGAGUGGCCCCUUUCAACUUCCCGUGUCCCCUGCUUGCCCUCACAACUCUCUUAUCUUGAUCAAAUGCUGCUCACUGGUUUCUAACUUUUAACUUACAGCUAAUUUUGAUUAUUUAUUCUGAUUUUUCAUGUAACCUCCUUUUUACCAGCUGGUCCAGGGCCCAUGAGAUACAUUCUUGGGCAGGUAUAACACAUGAAACAGGAGCAAUUAAAAAACACUGGGGGAAAAAAUUUAAAAGCAGAGCAGUCCUCAAAAGCUUUUUUUUCGUCUUUUUGUUUUGGUCAAAUUCCACAAUACUUCAAAGAGGGCAAAGAGGAGCAGGAUGGUGGGAGGGUUUGGCAAUGCCAAAUCUGCUGUGGCCACUUCACCACUAAGGAUUUGGGUGUGAGGGGAGCUGCAGCAGCCACCUGUGGGCCAGUACCCAUAGAGCAAACUGCUGGCAGUGGAGGAGUGUUACAGAGCAAAAAGGAGUUACUCUCUAGUUAAGUCUGUUCUUAAAUCCUUAUCCCUUGGCCGAGAAGGAAAGAAAACUUGAAAACUGAGUCAGCUUUUGAUAGUGUCAUGUCUGAAAAUAUAGCCCAGGCCAGAGUCCUUGGUUAGUACUGGCUUUAGGGCCAGCCAGGCACACUCCUGAUGGUGUCCUCUUUUUGCCAUGGGUCUGUUACUUGCACGUAUUUUUUCCAAAAGUGUGGUGAGAGCUGAUGCAGAGAGAUGCUCUGCACCUAAAUGAGCACAGAGUGGCCAGUGGUCCCUUAGCAAGCUCUGCUGAGGGAAUUGGCACUGCCCAGCCCAGGUAUUGUAGUGCCUUCUCCAGAACUGCUGGGGCUUCUCAUUAAAAAUAGGGAGAGCACUAAAUAAGCAGAACUGAUCUAGUUUAAUUGGAAAUAUCACCUUGUGGAGUUGCUGGAUGAAGCUUGGUGGCAGGAUGACUUCAAAAGCAAUCAAGCUUAAUGGUUUGAGUCCUGUGGUUAUUGUUGGGGCCAUCAGCUGGUUCCCCCCACUGAUGUGUUUAAUAUGGCCUUACUCUCUCCUUCAAUGACUGCACAUUUGACCAAGGCAUAGCAGGUCCACAACUGAUUUGCUUUGUGGACUAAACUACAUUUCAUACUUCUAAUUCCUUUAUGACAGGAGGCAGCAUUAAUUUCCUUAUUGGCAGAAAUGAACACUUAACCUGAGAAAUGCCAGCAGCCAUGGAACUGGAGCAAGGUGUGUUCAGCCAGCUCACUUUGCCAGUGGUAGCACCUGCUUUCUUCAUUGUCACUAACUAGAUGUAGAUUUUGGAGUUGCAUUCACUUGCAGUGAUUCAGAAGUUUAGUAAUUCAAAGACCAUCAGAUGCUGUGAUGAGAACGAAGUACAGGGCAAUGCCUUCCCUUUGUCCCCCUGUUCCGCAAAACUUGCUCAGGUUUAAAAAAAUGAAAGCCACCAAAAUAGCAGACGUUUGCCAUGUCAAAGCCAGAUAUUUUUUGUUUUCAAAUAAAAAUAAGCUUUUUCUUGUGCAAAUGAAGCAUUAUACAUUUUUUUGUAUUUGUAAAUCUGUGGGGAAGCAUUAAACAGUCAUCUCUGUUAUGAAGGGACAAGUCAUUGCUAGAGGGAAGGGGCUCACCUUCCUCAUGUUUCAUUGUAAUGUUUGGUGUAUAUAUUUGCACAUUAAACUGUAUCUUUUUUCUAAUAAAUUAAUAUAAAAGGUA